AUGCCAUUCGCGUAUUGUAUGAAUGAAGGUGCAUGUACGUACAUUGUACACUCGAAGCACCGUUUCGUGCAGCUAAUAGCCGUUUCUAUGACGAUUCCAUCGAAUCAGAAAAAAACAAAACCUUUAACAAUGUCCGUUUUGUGUCUAGGGCCAAAAUAUUCGGGCAAAACGCAUUUACUCACAAAAUUGACGAAAUCGCAGUUGGGUGAAAAUGCAACAUCACCGCACAUAGUGCCCACAAUCGGAACAAACAUAUUUUCGAUAAAACUGCCCGCGAAACAGAAAACUACAACCAAACAAAAGUCAAGUGUUUAUGCCCAAGUGCGAGAAGUUGGCGGUACAAUGGCACCAAUGUGGAAGAAUUACUUGAACGAUGUGAGGAAAUUGAUGUACGUUGUGGAUACUUCAAAUCUAUGCCAGAUAUCAGCUGCGGGUGUUCUCUUGUAUUCGCUUUUGGCUGAUCCCCGGUUACAGCAUGCUAAAGUCAUUAUAGUGUUGACAAAAAUGGAUUUGGCAUACAGACAAAUGCGGAACGAGGCUCUGUUAAUGCUGCAACUGGAAAAAUUGAAAAAACAGAUUCGCCAAGAAGUUACAGUCGUCGAGACGAGUGCCAUUCUGGAUACUGGUAAAGAGAAAAUCUUAGAUUGGCUGGCAUCAUAGAUUUUACACAACAAUUCGUUCGAACU